AAGGUUCUCGUAAGCAUGCGCACGCCGCCGCCCAACCCGGGAGCGACCGUUCCGCCUACGUUGUCAGCCGGUCGCUGCACGCCUGUCGCACGCGGGACGUCCAGGUGGUUUGCAGUGGCUUCUUGGUGUCUCCGCAGAGCCCCCGCGUCAGCCGUGCCUUCGAGGCCCCGAUCGGCCCUGAUCCGAGCCUCCACAUGCCCGCGCAGCUUUGGGCUCCUGGGAAAAGCAGAGUUGUCUGCAAGAGACCGAGUUGAAGCCUGGAGGGGACAUGCCUGCAGAUGUGAACUUGCCCCACAGACUCCGGGUCCCGGGUCCAGAGGAACAGGCUGGAUCGUGUGAGGGACCAGUGUCAUUUGAGGAUGUGACCAUAGACUUCAGCAGGGAGGAGUGGCAGCAGCUGGACCCUGCCCAAAGACACCUGUACCAGGACGUGAUGCUGGAGAUUUGUAGCCACCUGUUCUCCGUGGGGUAUCACGUUCCCAACCCAGAGGUCAUUUUCAGGAUGGAAAAGGAGGCCAGACUCCCACAUCGGAGGUGUCAAGAAGAGGAGUUUGGGCUUGAAACCCAACAACAAGAAAUUUCUGAAAUAAUUGCAUUUCAUAAUGAUGUGACGGGCAAAAUCACAAGAGAUGGUUCUUGGUGUUCCAUUUUAGAAGAACUGUGGAAAGAUGCCGACUGUACAGAGAGAGAUCAGCACAAUCAAAAUAAACCUUCAUGUCAAAGGGCUUUCCUCAACAAGAAAAAAUUGAAUACAGAGAAAGAUUGUGAGUAUAAGGACCCUGGGGAAAUCGUUCAUAUGAAGCCCGACCUUCUUUCUUCACAAAAAAGUCCUCAUAAACAUUGUUCGUUUGCAAAAAGUUUGAAGCCUAACUUGGGAGUAAAUCAUCAAAAUCAAAGCAAUACCACGAAACACCCUGAUGAGAUUGUUGAAUCUGGUCAGCUGUUCAUCCAUAUCUCUUCCAAUGCUAGCUGCAAGAAUGUCCAUACAGGAGAGAACUUCUAUGAAGGUAAUCAAUGUACAAAAGUCUUCAGCCAUAAACAGUCACUCGCACAACAUCAAACUCAUACUCAGGAGAAACCAGAUAAAUGUACCGAAUGUGGGAGGGACUUCACCCAGAAAUCACACCUUCUUAGGCAACAGAGAUUCCAUAGUGUAGAAGACUUCCAGGAAUGCAGCAAAUGCGGAAAAGCCUCCACCCCACCACCAAAAUUCAAUGUACAUCUGAUAGAUCAUUCAGCUAACAUACCUUAUAUAUGUAAGGAAUGUGGAAAAGUUUUCAUUCAGAGGUCACAAUUGCUUACACACCAGAAAACGCACACUAGAAAGAAGCUCCAUAAAUGCCAUGAAUGUGGAAAAGCCUUUUUCCAGAUGCUUUCUCUCUUCAGGCAUCAAAGAACUCAUACUAGAGAAAAACUCUACAAAUGCAGUGAAUGCGGGAAAGGCUUCUCCCAGAAUUCGACCCUCAUUAUACAUCAGAAAAUUCAUACCGGUGAGCGACAGUAUGUAUGCAACGAAUGUGGAAAGGCCUUCACCCAAAAGUCGACGCUCAGCUUGCACCAGAGAAUCCACUCAGGGGAGAAGUCUUAUGUGUGUAUUAAAUGUGGGCAGGCCUUCAUCCAGAAGGCACACCUGAUUGUGCAUCAAAGAAGUCACACAGGAGAGAAGCCUUAUCGGUGCCGCAGCUGUGGAAAAUCCUUCAUUUCCAAGUCACAACUCGAUAUACAUCAUCGAAUUCAUACUGGAGAGAAACCUUAUGAAUGUAGCGACUGUGGAAAAACCUUCACCCAAAAGUCACACCUCAACAUACACCAGAAAAUUCAUACUGGAGAAAGACACCACAUAUGCCGUGAAUGUGGGAAAGCCUUCAACCAGAAGUCAAUACUCAGCAUGCAUCAGAGAAUUCACACUGGAGAGAAGCCUUACAAAUGCAGUGACUGUGGGAAAGCCUUCACUUCCAAGUCCCAAUUCACAGAGCAUCAGCGGAUUCAUACUGGAGAGAAACCCUAUGUAUGCACUGAAUGUGGGAAGGCGUUCAACGGUAGGUCAAAUUUCCACAAACAUCAGAUGACUCACACUAGAGAGAGAACUUUUGCCUGUUACACAUGUGGGAAUGCCUUCAUCCAGAAAUCAGAGUUGAUGAUACAUCAGAGGACUCAUAUUGGAGGGAAAUCUUAUGAAUGCUGUGACUGCGGGAAAUCCUUCAGUAAGAAACCACAACUCAAAGUGCAUCAACGAAUUCACACAGGAGAGAGACCCUAUGUUUGUUCUAAAUGUGGGAAGGCCUUCAACAACAGAUCAAAUUUUAAUAAACACCAAACAACUCAUACCAAAGACAAAUCUUAAAAAAGCAGUUAUUCUCAGAAAGGCUUUACCUAGAAAUCAAUACUUAGUAUGCAUUUACAUUUCCAUAAAUCAAAGUCUCUGAAUUUCUUGAAAAAGUCUCAUAAGUUAUUUAAUUGUAUGUUAAAACUUCAUGCUUCAGAAAAACUGUAGAAAAGUAUUGCAUAUCCCAAAGUUUCACACUUUAUGUGAGGGAAAUUACUCAGAAAAGAAACAAGAAUGGAACCGUCCAUAUUUGUACUACUUUCAUUAAAGAUUAUAAAAUUCAUCUGGGCAAGAAAUCCUGGUAAAAGUACUGAGAAAAGUGUUUCUAUAGAAAGUGGUUCAAAACAGAUUGUUACCAGAUUUAUGGGCAAGUUUAUAGGAAAUUAUAUUAAUAACCCUGUUUAAUGUGGAAUAUCAAUGUUUUUAAAGUGCCAGCAAACUGAAUGACUGCAAAAUAUUAUGUAUAUUUAUAUAUGUACGUAUAUGUGGUCAGAUUAACAUAUAUACAUAUACACGCAAACCCUCAGUUCUGUAGAGUUUGCCACAGAAUCCACUGCAUAAUAGGAGGCAUGGAUAGGUUACUUUUUAAAAGAAUAAUCUAAUUGUAUUUAUCAGAUUUAUUCGCUAUUGAUAUUGAUAUCCUGAGAAUGCAGUCAAUAAUUAACCGUUUAUGUAUAUAGACACAUGAAUGUAUGUUUUUGGUAAAUGCAUAAAUGUGACUCUAUAGUAUAUACUAUACUGGUCUUCAUAGUAUAGUUUUUCUCUUCGUUCAUGAUUAGCUUAGCUCUACCCUCCCUUUUUCUUUCCACCUCCACCAUCUAUGGCGAGCCUCUCCAUAAAUAAUCAGUGUCAACCUUUUAGUUACUAUGGAUUCUUUCAUAUUUUUAUGCAGGCUCCUAAUCCUAUACACCAAGAGUCAGCAGACUGUGGCCCUUGGCCAAAUCUGGUCAGCCACCUGUUUCAUUUUGUUUUUAAUAAAGUUUUAUUGGAACAUUUA